AUGGCUAACUAAACUCUCCAAGACUAGAAUAUAUCAAAAUUUAAUUAAGAGAAUGAAAACAAUUCAAAUUACCCAAUAAUGGCCUUCCUAAACAGAUAAAACAAAUAAAGAGUAAAAAAACACUUAAACAGUAAGCAAUAUGAUCAAUAAAAUUGUGAAUUUUAAGUUGAGGUUAUAAAUUACAAAACCAUAGAAAAGCAAUUUACAAUAUACCAAAUAAAGGUGAUUUAUGGAUCACUUUAUUGGAUAUUCUAAACAAGGUAUAGUUUGUUAGAGGAUUUGAAUUCCAAACUCAAUAAAUAGACGGUUUAACGAUUGGAAAAGUUUCCCGAGAAAAGACUUUUUGGGAACUUAGAUUAGUAGUUCAUACUGAAACGCAAAACUUAAAUAGAUUUUUACCUUAAAAGUCUGUUUAAAUAAGGAAGGAAUGAGAAAGCAGUUAAAGAAUUUAUCAAACAAUCACAGAAAGCUGCUAUAGAAAUUAAUGAUCCAUGUGAAUUAAAACAUUUUAAAUUAGACGCUUGA